AUGCAAGAGGUUGCUGAAGGUUACCUCAAUGCACUCAUCGCUAGAAAUCUCGUUCAAGUAGCAGAAAGGAAAUCAUAUGGGAAAUUGAUCACUUGUCACAUCCAUGAUCUCGUGCCGGAGAUCAUUAUUUCAAAGUCCAGGGAAGAGCAUUUCUUUGCAUCUUCUGUUGAACAGAACAAGAUACUUGUAAUAGAAUCCGGCGUCUGUCUAUUUACAACAAUGGUGGUGGAUCUUGAAAAUGUUUCCAUGGAUAGCUUUCCUGAUUCUUUGACUAGUCUGUACCACUUAAGAUAUUUGAGCUUGGAGAAUACAAAGAUGAAGAAGCUUCCUAACUCAUUGGGAAAGCUUAAAAACUUAGAAACAUUGAAUCUUAAGGGCACCUUUGUAUGUGAAUUGCCAAUUGAGAUUCUCAAGCUCCAAAACCUUCGCCACCUUCUCAUUUAUCGGUAUGCUAGAAAGGGGGUCUACUUGCCAUUUAAUGCUGUGGAUGGAAUUAAGGUUCCUACUGGAAUGGGGAGUAUGAGAUCACUACAGAAGUUGGCGUACAUAGAGGCGGAGAGCAGCGUGGUUAGAGAGUUGGGGAAUCUCAUCGAACUGAGGAAGUUCGGCGUUAUCAAAUUAAGAACAGAAGAUGGGGAUGAUUUGUGCACUUCCGUCGAGAAAAUGAACCACCUUCAAGCCUUUUCUGCGAGAUUGAUGGAUGCGGAGGAGCUUCUUGACUUGCAUUCUCUGUCAUAUCCUCCACCUACUCUUCAAAGGUUGUGCUUGAGUGGGCGUUUGCUCAAGUUACCUCAAUGGAUUGCCUCACUUGAUAACCUAGUCUCUGUUCGUUUGAGAUGGUCUAGAUUGAGGGAUGACCCUCUCAAAGCCCUUCAAUCACUGCCGAAUUUGGUAGAACUCUUUCUUGAGCGAGCCUACAACGGAGAAGAGUUAUGUUGCGAGGCGGGAGGAUAUCCAAGACUCAAGGAUUUAAGCCUUCUUGAUUUGAAGGAAUUGAAGAAGGUGAGAAUAGAGAAUGGAGCAAUGUAUUGCCUUGAAAAGCUAAGGAUGGUUGUGAAGAGUUAG